AUGGGCAAGAAGGGAAGCGGCUGGAUCACUGCACUCAAGAAGGCCUUCACCACAAACCCCAAGGACAAGCCAACAAAUGUGCAGCUGGUAGCGCAGUACCCGCCGCAGCAGCCGCCGCCGCAGCCGCAGCAGCAGUACCGGGGGAGCGCGAGGGACAAGAAGCGAUGGGGGUUCGGGCGGUCGCGGCAGCACGCCGACCCGGCGCCGCUGAUGAGCAUCCCGCUGUACCGGCAGCCGAGCAGCAUCGAGAAGAUCCUGGGCGACGCCGAGAUGGAGCGGCAGUACUACGCCAGGCCGCCGGCGCAGUACCAGAUCGCCCCCGCCAAGCCCACCACCGCCACCGUCGCCGCCACGGCGCCGGCCACGCCCGCGGCGCGCGAGCGGGAGCGGGAGUGGGGGCGUGAUCGCGAGCGAGAGCGCGACGCCGGCGGCGACAAGCAGCAGCGGCAGCAGCAGCCUGCGGCGAUGCUCCAGCUGCCUGCGCCGCCGUCCUCGCCGCCGCCGCUCAUCCGGCGGUUCGACCACGAUAGGGAGCAGCAGCAGAGGCUGCAGCGGCUGCAGCAGGGCAGGGCCGAGAUGGCCGAGUGGCGGCAGCCGCAGCAGCAUACCAGAACACGGGCGAGGCAGCGGGCCGUGGCGCCGGAGCAGGCCCGCGCGGCCGCGGUCGCGAUCCAGGCCGCCUUCCGGGGCUACUCGGCGCGCCGGAGCUACCGGUCGCUGCGCGGCCUGAUCCGGCUACAGGCGGUGGUGCGCGGCCCCAGCGUGCGGCGGCAGACGGCGCACGCGAUGCGGUGCAUGCAGACGCUGGUGCGCGUGCAGUCCCAGGUCCGCGCCAGCCGCGUGGAGGCCAUGGAGCGGCGCAACGACCGCCACGGCGCCAUGCUCCGGGACGGCCGCCGGUGGCGCUCCGGCUCGCAGGACGGCGGCAUGUGGGACGACAGCCUGCUGAGCCGGGACGAGGCGGACGCGAGGACGAAGCGCAAGGCGGAGGCCGUGAUGAAGCGCGAGCGCGCCCUCGCCUACUCCUACUCCCACCAGGUGAUGAAGUCGACGCCGAUGGCGGCCCACGCGAUCCUGGCUGACCUCCAGUCGGGCCGGAACCCAUGGUGGUGGUCGCCCAUCGACCGCAGCAGCCACGAGCGCGAGUACCCCCGCCACGUCGAGCCCGCCGUCAGCCGGCCCAGGCCCACGCCCGCCGUCGCGCGCCGCGAGAUGAACAUGAGCAUGAUGACGCCGAUGUCCACCGCCGGGCACCGCGAGAUGAACAUGAACAUGAUGACGCCCGUGUCGACGGCGACCGCGCACCGCCAGAUGAGCAUGCCGACGCCGAUCUCGACGACGGCCGCGCACCGCCAGAUGAGCAUGGCGACGCCGAUGACGACGGCCGCGAACACGCCGGCGCGGUCGGUGGUGUCGGCCUACUACAAGCAGCCCAGCAAGCCCUCGCGGGGCGCGCGAGGAGCGCCAGCGCCGCCGUCGAGCCACGGCGGAGGCGGCAGCGUCCGCGACGACGAGAGCCUGACGAGCUGCCCGGCGUUCGGCGUGCCUAACUACAUGACGCCGACCAUGUCGGCGUCCGCCAAGGCCCGGGCGCGCGCGCACCUGCUGCAGCAGCAGCUGGACAAGGAGCGGCGCGCGGCGGAGCAGAAGCCCAGGUUCUCGUUCGGGCUCGGGCAGAGCAUCGGGAGCUGGGCCAAGAGCCCGUUCUGGCGGGGCGCCGGCGGCGGGGACCAGUCCGCCGCGCCGUCGCGAGUGGGCACGCCGGCGGCGUCCACGGCGGGCGGAGGGGGCCGGCACAAGCACCGGCGGUCCGUCAGCGGGCUCAGCGUCGACUCCACCGUGUCCAUGCCGGCCGGCGUCGGCCGGCGGUCGUUCAAGUAG